GUUAGCAGGUGUUUAUAUUUUAGUUUGAUAUUAAAAUCAAUAGGGAUUUGUUCGCAUUUUAAAUGUUUUAAGAAAUUAACUUUAACCUGAGAAAUAGUACUUACUUCGGUAACAAAAUAACGUGUUAAUAUCUUGACCGAAUACAAGGCAUUUUAGAAUAAAUCAAAAUGGAUAUAGACCUGUAUGAUGAGUUUGGUAAUUAUAUUGGACCAGAACUGGAAAGUGAUGCUGAAGAAGACGAUGAGCAAAGCAUAUAUGGUCAAGUCGAACCAGAGGAUGACGAUGCUAUUGCAGAUGAAGAUGAACAUGUCGGAGAACAAGAAGGUACAAUGUCUGUUGUCUUGCAUGAAGAUAAAAGGUAUUACCCUUCAGCUGUCGAAGUAUUUGGACCUGACGUAGAAACCAUAGUACAAGAAGAAGAUGCCCAGCCAUUAGAUGUUCCUUUAAUGGAACCAGUGAAAAAAAAGAAGUUUCAUUUAAAAGAACAAGAAUUGCCAGAGACUGUUUAUAACAUGGAAUUUUUAGCCGAUAUGAUGGACAAUCCAAUGCUCAUUCGUAACGUUGCUUUAGUAGGCCAUUUGCACCAUGGAAAGACUUCUUUUGUUGAUUGUUUAGUACGACAAACACAUCCCACAUCCUUUGAUGUAGCAGAAGAGAAAGAUGUGAGAUAUACUGAUACAUUAUUUAUCGAACAAGAAAGGGGUGUCAGUAUCAAAUCCACACCUAUCACAUUGGUUCUGCCAGAUAUUAAACACAAAAGCUAUUUGAUGAAUAUAUUUGAUACACCAGGUCAUGUAAACUUCUCUGAUGAAGUGACAGCAGCCAUGCGUUUAUGUGAUGGUGUUGUGUUAUUUGUUGAUGCAGCCGAAGGUGUACUUUUAAAUACUGAACGAAUUUUGAAGCAUGCUUUGCAUGAGAGACUUGAUAUAGUUGUUUGCAUUAAUAAAAUCGAUAGAUUAAUGCUAGAAUUGAAAUUACCACCACUUGAUGCUUAUUAUAAGCUGAGACAUAUUAUUGAAGAAAUUAAUGGUCUUAUGACAUUACAUUCUAAAGAUGAUGCACAAUUGAUAUCACCAGCUUUGGGUAAUGUUUGUUUUGCAAGUUCCCAGUAUGGAAUGUGUUUCACAUUGAAAUCAUUUGCCAGCAUUUAUGAGCAGUUUUAUCCAGGAAUUAAUGCAGAUGAAUUUGCCAGAAGGUUAUGGGGUGAUAUCUACUUUAAUAGUAAAAGUCGCAAAUUCACCAAAAAGCCACCACAUCAGACAGCUCAAAGAAGUUUCAUUGAGUUCAUUCUGGAACCAUUGUACAAAGUUUUUGCUCAAGUUGUUGGCGAUGUAGAUCUUCAGUUGGCGGAUUCUUUAGCAGAACUUGGUAUAAGCCUAACCAAAGAGGAAAUGAAGUUAAAUGUGAGGCCUUUGUUGAGAAUCGUUUGCAACAGAUUUAUGGGAGACUUUAGUGGAUUUGUGGAUAUGUGUGUGAGGCAAAUACGUUCGCCAGUAGAUAAUGCCAAAAACAAAAUUGAUCACUUGUAUCUUGGGCCUAAUGAUAGCAGGAUUUAUGAAGAUAUGUUGAAAUGCAACCAAGAUGGAAAACUAAUGGUUCAUUCUAGCAAAAUGUACCCUACUGAUGAUUGCACAUUCUUCCAAGUUUUAGCUAGAGUUAUGAGUGGCACAUUAUAUGCAAAUCAGGAAGUUCGAAUUUUGGGAGAAAAUUAUACAUUGAUGGACGAAGAAGAUUCUAGAGUUCUAACUGUUGGCAGAUUAUGGAUAUAUGAAGCCAGAUAUAAGGUUGAAGUAAAUCGCAUUCCUGCUGGUAACUGGGUUCUCAUAGAAGGUAUCGAUCAACCAAUUGUAAAAACAGCUACUAUAACUGAUUUGGAUACCACAGAAGAUGUGUACAUAUUUAGACCAUUGAAAUUCAAUACACAGUCUGUUAUUAAAAUAGCUGUAGAGCCAGUUAAUCCUUCAGAAUUGCCAAAAAUGUUAGAUGGAUUAAGAAAGGUUAAUAAGUCAUAUCCACUUCUAACAACAAAAGUUGAAGAAUCUGGAGAGCACGUUGUUCUAGGUACUGGAGAAUUAUAUCUAGAUUGCGUUAUGCACGAUUUGAGAAAAAUGUACUCAGAAAUUGAUAUCAAAGUGGCUGAUCCUGUUGUGUCAUUCUGUGAAACUGUUGUUGAAACAAGUUCCUUAAAAUGUUUUGCUGAAACUCCAAAUAAAAGAAAUAAAAUUACUAUGAUUGCCGAACCUCUAGAAAAAGGUUUGGCUGAAGAUAUUGAAAGUGAAAGUGUUAGGAUCGAUUGGAACAAAAAGAAAUUAGGAGACUUCUUCCAAACGAAAUAUGACUGGGAUUUGCUAGCUGCUAGAUCUAUAUGGGCUUUUGGACCGGAAACUACAGGUCCAAAUAUUCUUGUUGACGACACAUUGCCAUCUGAGGUUGACAAAGGACUUUUGGAGUCUGUUAAAGAUUCUAUUGUGCAAGGUUUCCAAUGGGGUGCGAGGGAAGGACCUCUUUGUGAAGAACCUAUUAGAAAUGUUAAAUUUAAAAUUUUGGAUGCUGUUAUUGCUGACGAGCCAUUGCAUAGAGGAGGAGGUCAAGUCAUUCCCACAGCGCGUCGAGUAGCAUAUUCAGCUUUUUUGAUGGCCACUCCUCGUCUAAUGGAGCCUUACUUAUUUGUAGAAGUUUUGGCUCCUGCUGAUUGUGUGUCUGCUGUUUAUACAGUACUUGCAAAACGAAGAGGGCACGUGACUCAAGAUGCUCCAGUUCCUGGUUCUCCUCUGUAUACGAUCAAAGCGUUUAUACCAGCCAUAGAUUCAUUUGGUUUCGAAACUGACCUGAGAACGCAUACACAAGGGCAGGCUUUCUGUUUAUCAGUAUUUCAUCAUUGGCAGAUUGUUCCCGGUGAUCCAUUGGACAAGAGCAUAAUAAUUCGUCCUUUGGAACCUCAGCCAGCUACACAUUUAGCAAGAGAAUUCAUGGUUAAAACAAGAAGGAGGAAAGGGCUUUCUGAAGACGUAUCUAUAAACAAAUUUUUCGAUGAUCCUAUGUUGUUAGAAUUAGCUAGGCAAGAUGUACUAUUAAAUUAUCCUUUGUAA